AUGAUCGCCGCAAUCUUGACGAUCCAAGAGGCAUCUGAUAGCCGAGGUGAUCUGGCCACAGGCACCUAUCGCUCGACAUACCCCACCCCAACGGGCAUACCCGUCGACCCAACCCUGACGGGACCUGGCCUGUUGCAAGCGCACGAACUGGCCACCUACAUCAACAGUGAUGAAUUCUUUCCAAAGCCAUGCAGAAUUUACUGCAGCCCGUUCUACAGAUGUCUGCAGACUAUCCAACCCACAGUGGAAGCGCUCAAAUCCCGGCAGGAACUCGAGCGGAAACCAUAUGUGGAUUUAAAUGUGAGGAUUGAGAACGGCCUAGGGGAAUGGUUCGGCUCCUCAUCCUCGUUCAGGCACCCCGCUCCGGCAUCGCCAGACGUCCUCCAAUCCCACUUCCCUACCCUCCUACCCCCCUCAGAUACCGGCGAGGCCAGCUCCACGUCCCUCCAACCAUCCUACGUAUCACACAUCUAUCCCUCCCCCAAGGGCGAGAACAUCGCGACACUCCAUGACCGAGUUGCAAAAACCUUAGAAGCGAUAAUCGCACAAGUUGAUGCGGAACUCGAAGCUUACGAACGUGAUAUCCCGGCUGAAGAGAAGCAGAGCCGUGCCAUUUUGGUAUGCACGCAUGCUGCACCGUUGAUUGCCAUGGGGCGUGCUCUUACGGGCAAUAUGCCGGAGGAUACAUGCGUCGAGGACUUUAGGCCGUUUACAGCGAGUUUGUCGACCUUCGUAAGGAGAUCUGGUAGUGGUGGUGAGAGCAGACCUGAGAAUCUGGGCUGGGAGGGGUCAGAUACGGGCAUGAUUUCAGGGACAAAGUUGCGGCGGUGGCAGGAUGGGGUGGGAGUUGGGGGUGGUUGGGAUUGUGUGGCGAAUGGAGAGUGUGGGUUUUUGAGUGGUGGGGAGGAGAGGGGAUGGCACUUUAACGGGGAGGAGGAUUUCGACACGACCCCCGCUGCAGCGGUUGUGAUUGACGUGGAAGGUUCGCCUGCAAAAUUAUGA